UCUCUGUGGGAAAUAAAGUGUGUGUGUGUGUGUGUUAUCAAGGAUUUGGCGCGACAGAGGCAAGCUUGUGUCAACUAUUUCCUUGCCUCACAAUGUCCAUUUAUCGCCAAGAGGAGAGAGAAAUAAACGACGGUCAAUUCAGAGCAAAAACUGAUAACGUCAAGAAUAUUUUACAGAUUCUGAAGACCAUGAACUUCAGAGACCAAGCCAAUGUUGUUCUCUCUCCUAGUGGCAUCAAAGUAACAGUGGAGAAUGUCAAGUGUGCACAAGCUAAUGCCUUCAUUGAGACUGACUUGUUCCAGGAAUAUGAAAUUGAGGAAGAAAUGGUGAUAUUCAAGCUGAACCUGACUUCAUGGAUAGAGUGCCUCAACAUAUUUGGUGGGGGCUCUGCUGGUGCUGCCUCACCCUCCCUGAAGAUGGUGUACAGAGGCCAUGGCUAUCCACUGGUGCUGGAGUUAGAAGAGGAUGGAGUGGUUACUGACUGUGAGAUAAAAACUGAAGAGCCAGAGGACACCCUAGACUUUGAUUUUUUCAGUACAGGGGUGAUGAACAAGAUCAUCAUGCGGUCAGAGUGCUUGAAGGAAGUGUUCACUGACCUGGAUGUCACAAGUGAAAUGAUGGAGAUCCUCAUGUCUCCCGAUGCACCGUACUUCAGAGUCUCCACCUUUGGCAACUAUGGCACCAGCCAGACAGAAAUUUCUAUGGAGAGUGAGUUGGUGGAGCACUUUGAGUGCAAGCAAACGCUGAAGCAGCGGUACAGGAUGUCCCUGAUUAAGCCCAGCAUCAAACCCCUCACUGCCGCCCUGAAGGUCUCAGUGAGAAUGGAUGCCCGGGGAUUCCUGUGUCUUCAGUUCAUGAUCAGAACAGAGAGUCAUCACAUCUGUUUCAUUGAGUACUUUUGCUGUCCUGAGGAAGAAGAUGGUGAUGACUGACAGUAGCAGCAAAUAUUUGAUUACAAGUAGCUGAUAAUCUUUUAAGGAGCCUUCAUAUAUAAUUUUCCAGAACUUUGUUUUUAACUGCUAGGAAUUACAAGUAAGUACAUCUGUACGCACUUGAGUACCAUCAACAAAUAAAAUGUCUCUCAUCAUUUA